UGGAGCCCUUGAAGAGACGAUGAGUUGGUUUAUUGUCAGAGACAGGAAAACCACGCUGUCUAACCGGGUUUGUUCCAGGCCGUUGACCCAAUAAGCAGCCUUCGCCUCUGAAGCCUCAGACUGUCUGACAGAUCAAGCCCCUCGCGCUGCAACGUUUUCAUCCCCCCCAGACUGCACUGAGAUGAUGUGACAGAUCUUGCUCCCUGUGCCUUCCAGUGACUGUACCCACCGCCUAGGCCACUAUGCAGGAGUGCCAUACUGCGCUGUGUCUGCCUGUCUACCUUGUCACCUUUUUGACGGGCCUCCCAGCCAACGCUGUGGCCUUCUACACCUUCAGCAAGAAGGUAAGGCAAAAACCUACGCCCAUCGACAUCCUGCUCCUCAACCUGACCAUCUCGGACCUCCUCUUCCUGCUCUUCCUGCCCUUCAAGAUGCAGGAAGUUACGAACGAUAUGACCUGGAGUCUACCCUACAUCCUCUGUCCUUUAUCUGGCUUCUUCUUCUACAUGACCAUCUACGUCAGCACCUUAUUCCUGACAGCGGUCAGUGUGGAGCGCUACCUGGCCGUGGCCUUCCCCAUCCAACACUCGCUGAAGCGCCGGCCCCUGUAUGCCGUGGUGGCCAGUGUAUUUAUCUGGGUCUUCUCCGUCCUCCAACUGAGCAUCGUCGUCAUCAUGCCCUACUACAACCCACCGCAAGACUCCCUCAGUUCCACAACCAACUCUUCCAACAGCAACGAAUUCUCCAACGUCUCCAAUGCGCCUCUUAGUGACGGCAACAACAUUGUGUCUUCCAGGAAUGUGUGCUAUGAGGACUUCAGCGAGAAGCAACUGGCGAUUCUCCUGCCUGUGCGUCUGGAGCUCUGCCUGGUUCUAUUCUGUGUACCUUUCCUCAUCUGCAGCUUCUGCUACAUCAACUUCAUCCGCAUCCUCUCCGGCCUGCCUCACAUUGGGCGUCGCAGACGCCUCCGUGCUAUCGGCCUGGCUCUGGGGACACUGCUGGUGUUUGCCUUCUGCUUCGGCCCCUACAACGUCUCCCACAUUGUGGGCUUUAUAACCAGGAGGAACCCYGACUGGAGGGACAUGGCCUUGCUCUGCAGCACCUUCAACGCCUGCCUGGACCCCUUCAUCUUCUACUUCUCCUCCUCGGCCGUCAGAGGGACCAUAGGGAGAAUGCUGCCGGGGGCCAGAAUCAAGCUGGCCAAGUGUCACAUCCACUGGUCCCCUUGGAAGGGAAUGAGCGAGCCUCAGAUAGAUAAGGGACCAAAACAAGCAGAACUGAACGCUAUCUGAAGCUAAUUGAAUAAGGCCUGUAUUAACUGAAACGAGGUGUUGUGCUCCUCAUGCCUAGUGGCAGGAUAUGAGUGCUCUGAUGUUUAUGUUUCCACAUUUGACUGUAUCUGCGUCUCUGUUUGAUCAUUGGCGGGCAAACUUCCUACCUAGAUUAGAGAUAGGAUAUGGUAGACACGGAGCCUGCCUUCCUCCUGAGAGACACAAAACAAGGGCUCACAAUAGGGAGUUACUGCCUUGCUGCAGUUWGCUGGAAUCAAGUGCAGUCAUUGCCAAUUAUGUAUUAUAAGUACACACCUACUGUGACAGUGCGUGAAAUAAGUUUGAUAAUAUAUUUGUUGUAUUGGAUUGCCUGACAAGAUUGGCAAACAGAACAGACAAUUAUCAUUGAUUAUAAUUGUAUUUCACAAGGUUGAAGCCCAUUUACACAACUAGGAGCAGUUAUGGUGAUGUCAACUGUAGAGAACAACAGCUCUAACAUCUGAGAGACACAUCAGAACAACAUCUCUCAGCACUGAGAGAUAAGCACCUCAAACAAGUAUCACAGUAGUAUCGCAUAUGGUUGAAAAGGAAUGAUGAAUCAGAG